CGCAUCCGCUAGGUGAAGAAGCAAGGGGGGUGGGAGGGGUCGCAGGAAAUGUCUAAUGAAACCGAUGACCAUGGACUGGCUCUGUCAGCUACUGACGCCAAGCCUCGUCUGAAAUGGACCCGGCAGCUUCACCAACAUUUUGUCGAGGCUGUUUCCGAGCUAGGAGGACCUGAAAGGGCUACUCCGAAAUCAGUUAUGCGGAUUAUGCGGAUUCCUGGGAUAACGCUUUACCAUCUGAAGAGCCAUUUGCAGAAAUACAGACUGGCAAAGAGCAGAGAGAGUAAGGCGGGCAGCAACACUGAAGGCAUCAUGGCUGCAGAUUACAGGCCAAGGGAGGAUGUAGUUCGGUAUGUGGAUGAGAGUAAAACCCAACCACAGUUCCAUAACUCCACCACCAUGUUAAAUCGCCAGAUGGAGGUCCAGAGGAGAUUACUAGAACAAAUUGAGGUGCAGAAACACCUGCAGCUGAGGAUAGAAGCUCAAGGGAAGUACUUGCAGUCAGUGCUGAAGAAAGCCCAAGAAACACUGGCCGCCUAUACCUUCAGCUCUUCCGCGCAGGCGGAAGCGGCGGACGCCGGGGCCGAAUGCCCGAGCUUGUUAUUCUCGGUUCCUCGUCAAUUUCUGAAUGCUGAGUGCUCCACAGAGAGUUGCUUAACCUGUUCGGAGAGAGAGGAGGAGUUGAAAAAUGAUGGGAAGCGGAGUAACGCUGAGACUAGUGAAUGUUCAAACAGUUGGAGUCCUGACGAAUCAAAUGAGAGCAAUCCUUGUUAUGGAGGUGGUGUUUCUGAGGGAACAGUUGAGAGAAGGAGAAGAGUGCAUCAAAUGGAGCGCGCUACCGUCUUUGGGCCAGAAGGGAUUGACCUCAACAGAUAGUGAGGUGCGUAGAAAGAAAGGACUCGAGAUUCAGGGGCUGGGGAAUAAUAAUAAUAAUUAAUUAAAAGGUAAAAGAAAAAAAAAAGAAAAAAAAAGGGCUUUGUUGGCAUUAGAGGGAACAAUUUCCUCUUGUUCUCUCUGAAAGGCAUGGAUCAUGACGCAGAGAGAGAGAGAGAGAGAGGAUCUUUGAGACUAGUGGCUGUUUUCAGCGAAAGUUGU